UAUACAAUAACCACCUUAAAAUCCUUCUUUUUAAGCAUUCUAGUUCUCUGAAUUUGAGAGACUCAUUGCCAUCAAUUCAAACGCGGCAGCAACGGACGACGGUGCCUCCUCUCCGGUGACGGAACCCGGCAACAAGUAACUUCCCUGUUGCUUGAUCUUCUUGGUUUUUAUGACUCCGACUCCAGUGAGUUGAGCGAGUGCCUUGUAUGUGUUUGACAAAAUGCCCGACUCGUAAAAUAUUCAUUUGAGGCUCUUGGAUGCUGUAUUACUGGUUGUUUCAAAUUGAACAUAUUGUUGAAUCACAAUGGAAGGUGUGGUGAAGAAGUUUCAGGGGAAGUUCCUUAAAGUUAAGGAACAACUAAAUCGAUGGGAUGAUCUUCAGUCUUGCUUGAUUUCACAAUUUAGGAGUGCUUCCAGUAUUAUUGAUAGGUUGCAGGUGCUUCAGAAUCCUAGCAGUUAUGGUUGUCUAAGUUGUAACUGCAAUGUAAGAGAUGCUCUCUUCGCAAAUCAGAUGAAAUCUUUGGAUAACAUUUUGGUUUCCAUGAGGAGUACUUUGGAAGAGUUUCGUAAUAUUGUUUUGUUUCUUGAGAAAACACAUCAUGACAGUAGACAACUGGUGAAAGGUAGUUCUACUCGCUCAAACAUGAAGCAUCUGCAGCAGCAAAUUGGUGUUAAGCCUACUCUUAUGGAUUGCUUAGAUGGUUUGUUGUUUCUACAUGACGUCUAUCAUUCCGAGUAUUUGUUGAAGUCUUCAAUAAUCUCAACACUAUCAGCAAAUGCUUUAAAAAAGCCCAGUUCCGGUGAUCUUGUUGCCAUACAACAACUCUUGGUUGAUCAACCUAAUCUCCUUAUUGAGGAAGUUCAACGUGUAUUUGAUAUCAUAUUUGCUGAAGAACUAUGAUGAUGAUAUUGAUUUUGUGCCUUGAGCUUUUGUACUUAAAUGGAAGCUGUUGAUUCUACAAGCAUGACGAGAGCAACAUAUGAGUUAAAAGAGAGGAAAAACAAUCUAAAACCAGAAAAUUGGUAUAAGUAAAAAAAUAGGAUUCAAUUAUGAAUUGCGUCAUGUGCGACAAUGCGAGUUUCGAAAACUUUUCUCAUUUUACUAAUUUUAGAAAAGAUUGACUCUUAAGGGGGUGGCAUUUGACUCUCUAUUAUAAUUUAUGGGUGGUAUUGAAUUCAAUUUCAAUUAAACUGCAUCGAAUUUAUUGAACAACAAAAAUCAAGAGUAUUAUAUGGGCAAUAUGGUGAAGAGAACACGCUAUCAAGCAGAAAAGCAGCCUCGGGAAUUGCACAUUUUUGGUCACUACAAUAAAUUGGCUUUGCUGGUGGUUUGGUUGGAUAAGACGGUGAAGAUUACUAUGACGUCUUUGACUUUUUGCUUUUUGUUUUUUUCUUUUCCAUUUGUCCUCUACUAUCCCGUUUUUCCGUCAAUUUUCUUUUUUAUUCGGUACAUUAUUUUCUUUUUUCAAAUAAUUAAAAGGUUGUGUUACUUGUAUUA